AUGCGUUUCACUCCCUCAAAUCUGCUGUCUUUGUUGGCAGUGGGUGCCCUCUUCCAACCUGUUGUUGUCCCUAGGGCAAUUACUACUGGACUUAUCAACCGAAGCGAUGACUCCAGCUUAACAAAGUGUGAUGUUACUCUCGGUUGUGUGGGGCAUGAGACCAUCAAGGCCACCGAUUUAGAAUAUCAUACUGGUAUCCCGGCCCUUCUAGAGAAAAGGGGAAGAGCGCCCAACAGGAAUGGCCCUAAUAAGCCAGGGAGACCAGCAACGACCAACAAACCAAAUACCGGUCCUACCACGACUCCAAAGUCAAGCACCACGACAAAAUCACCUGCUGUUUCGACCACCAAGCCAACGAAAACUUCGUCAACGACUUUAACAGCGAAGCCAACUACUAGCUCCAAGGUACACUCGACGACCAGCUCAAAAGCUGUCUCCAGCACUCGGGCAAGUUCAUCUGCAACUUCUUCCCGGUCAACGUCAAAGCCAACAUCAACUGCCAAGCCAACGACACUUUCAACGACAACACUGAGCUCGAAGUCAUCUACGCAGUCAAGUUCAAGCUCAAGCUCCCAGUCCACAACUAGCUCAAGAGAAAGUUCAGCCACAACUUCAGAGGAACAGUUCACCACCCGCUCAGAGACACCAUCCACAACAGAUUCAGCUCGCACGACUGAACCUACAUCUAAGGUCGAGUCAACUACCAGCUCCGAUGAACAUACUGCAACUAAAACAAGCUCUACAGCUGUUCCCACAUCGUCGGAGAAAGAGACAACUACUAGCUCCGAAUCUACUACGAAAGAGUCAUCCUAUACCCCUGUACCUACAUCCUUGGAGACAGAGUCAACUAGCAGCUCCGAUGAACACACUACAACGGAAACAAGCUCUACAGCCGUUCCCACAUCGUCGGAGAAAGAGUCAAUCACCAGCUCAUCUACUACGAAAGAGUCAUCCUAUACUACUGUACCUACAUCCUCGGAGACAGAGUCAACUAGCAGCUCAGAUGAAUACUCAACGACAGAAUCAGCUUCAACACCCGUAUCUACAUCUGAUGCUAAACCAACCACUAGCUCAGAUAAUCAUUCCACAACAAAAUCUGCUUCGACACCCGUACCUACAGAGACAGAAUCGCGUACCAGUUCUGAGGCAGACUCAACCACAGACUCAGCCCAAGAGCCAACACCAACGUCUGAACCGGGCCUAAGUCAUGGAAGGGGUAACGAGAAGAACACCAGCAUCUUGACAUGGGAAGAGUAUAUGGAAGAUGGUGCAAAAGUAAUCAAUCGAUUGAAAGAUGCAUUAAAAAACAAGAAACCAGAUGUGUCGGCGGUUGACAUUGAACCUCGUUACAAGGUUGAACAUGCCCAUCAAGUUAUCGGAAAAGUGGUCAAGAACAAACCAAACGUCAAGUGGGACUUUUGGAAAGCGACGAGGCUAGACCAGAGUGCAGAAUAUGACCGUACCGUUGUGAAAAUACACCCCGCAGAUAAUAACGACCAGCAAAAGCCCCAGCAAGAUUCCAAUGAUCCCAAUAAGGAUGUUAUUUCCGACAAUUAUUACAACAAAGCCCAAAAGACUAUGGUUGUCGCCUGGAGCGAUGUCAAUAUUGACAAUACACAACCGGAGGAUACUCAACUGCGGUGGUCUGAUGUAACGUUUGAAGGAUGGAAAGAGCACGCUGGGGAUGAUGCGAAGAACCUUCGUUGGAUUGUACGGAACAACAUAAUUAACCAGGGGACUAUUGCAACAAUCCGGGAAGCUCUUCGCCGCACAGGACGUAACACUGACAAGCGAGCUGAGUUCGCGCCCGAUCCCAACGACAACACAAUGAAUGAAGCUUUCACAGCAUUAGCCGGGACCCCAAAUGUUAAGGGGGUAUUUCAUAUGCUAGCAGAUCACCACAAUGAGUUGGGUGGGCUUACGAUCAAGAAAAUAUAUGCAUUCGGUGCAAACAUGCUUUUGCUGGGUCUAGGACGAUGA